AUGGAAGGAAACCAAGAAAACAUAAUCCAAGCACCAUCAAUCACUAUUCUACUAGGCAUCUACUUCAUCCUCUUACAAGCCUUGGAAUAUUUUGAAACUUCAUUCACAAUCUCCGACGGCAUUUAUGGCUCAACUUUCUUCAUAGCAACAGGAUUUCACGGCCUACAUGUAAUUAUCGGCUCCACAUUCCUACUAGCAUGCCUAACUGACAACUACAAUUCCAUUUUAUAUCAAAGCAUCAUUUCGGCUUCGAGGCCGCAGCCCGAUGCUGACAUUUUGUUGAUGUGGUCUGACUGUUCCUCCAUAGAAGGUCCAACACCAGUAUCAGCCCUACUUCACUCAAGCACAACAGUCGUAGCAGGAAUCUUCCUUCUAAUCCAAUUUCACCCCCUCCUAGAAUCUAAUCAACCAAUUAUAUCAACCAUACUAUGCCUAGGAGCUAUCACAACUCUCUUCACAGCAAUCUGUGCCCUAACGCAGAACGACAUCAAAAAAAUCAUCACAUUCUCAACUUCCAGUCAAUUAGGCCUAAUGAUAGUCACCCUUGGAAUUAACCAACCCUACCUAUCAUUUCUCCACAUCUGCAAUCAUGCAUUCUUCAAAGCGAUACUAUUCAUAUGCUCAGGAUCCAUCAUCCAUAGCCUCAACGAUGAGCAAGACAUCUGCAAAAUAGGUGGAUUAGCCAAAGAUACAACAUUCACAACUUCCUCUCUGACAGUAGGAAGCCUAGCACUCACAGGCAUACCUUUCCUAACAGGAUUUUACUCCAAAGACCUUAUCAUCCAAUCCGCCAACACGUGGUACACCAACGCCUGA